GUUGAUAUCAAAAGUGAUAAACAGUAUGGGGUCUGCACCACCGACCAAAGCCACCGAUGCAGUCCUGGUCGCUUCAGAACCCGUGCCAGAAGGUGUCCAGCAAGUCCAGGGUAUCGACUGGUCGUCCCUGCCUGCAGAACAACGAACAAUAAUCUCGAAUUUCGUCGAUCAACUCACGGGACAAGGCUUCCAAUCAAGUUCGAUAGGCGAUGCCAUACGAAUCAUCAACAACAUGGUUGGUCUCUUCUCGAAAAUUUAUCUUUUUCAGGUAGGUCUGACUGCGUGUAGCGAUCGUGGCGAGAUCCCGAGACGGGUGACAGGACGACUAUCUUUCUGGGUUACACCUCCAAUAUGAUCUCCUCGGGCCUACGCGAGACGUUUCGCUAUCUUGUACAGCACCGCCACGUGUCUGCCAUUGUAACGACUGCCGGUGGUAUCGAAGAGGACUUCAUCAAAUGUUUGGCUCCCACAUACCUGGGUUCGUUCUCCACUCCCGGAGUUUCUUUGCGAGCAAAGGGUCUCAAUCGCAUUGGCAAUCUAGUUGUGCCCAACAACAAUUACUGCGCAUUCGAGGAUUGGCUCAUUCCCAUCUUGGAUAAAAUGUUGGAGGAACAGGAAGAGGAAUUCUCAAAGACUGGCCAGCGGUUCAUGUGGACCCCAAGCCGAAUAAUUCGUCGACUCGGCAGAGAGAUCAACGACGAGCGCUCGGUGUACUACUGGGCUUACAAAAACGACAUACCUGUAUUCUGCCCGGCCCUGACAGAUGGAAGUCUUGGUGAUAUGAUUUAUUUCCAUUCUUUCAAAGCUUCACCUCUGCACCUCGGCAUCGAUAUCGGUCAAGACAUCCGAAAGAUCAAUACAAUUGCAGUGCGGGCUAAAAGGGCCGGCAUGAUUAUCCUAGGCGGUGGCGUCGUCAAGCACCACAUAGCAAAUGCAUGCCUGAUGAGGAAUGGCGCCGAAAGUGCGGUGUACAUCAACACCGCUCAGGAAUUUGACGGUAGCGACGCCGGUGCCAGACCAGAUGAGGCCAUAAGCUGGGGCAAAAUCAAAGCCGAUGGCGACAGUGUAAAGGUGUACGUGGAGGCAACCGUUGCCUUUCCUCUUAUUGUGGCUGGGACUUUUGCCAAACCUGAUUCGUGACAUGAUCUUGACAGGGAGCUUUUCAUGAUGGGAUUUUGGCAGGUUACCCAGCUACUGUAGUAUGAAGGAAGUGGCUCGGUGGCCAAAACAGCAACCUUCCAAAGGCCCUGACGGACCUGCAGGUGCAAUUGCGGGGAAGUCGACGUGGUGUCCUCCCUCGAUCGGCUGAAGUCUCAGACAUCUUCGUUGUGGAGCUGGCCGGUGACUCUAGGCUCACCACGUUCACCAGGCUGAUACUGUAUGAAGAGUCCACUCCGGGUGGAAUCGGUGGUGGUGGUUGUUAUCAGGUUUACUCGGUACUAUUGAGGCCAAUGAGUUGAGGGAAUGCGUCAGGGUGGAAGAAGUGAUGCCUGGGCACAAUUGCCGUCUGACGACUGCUGAGCCUCACAGGCGUGACAGGCUGCAAAAGCACCACUGACAUGGGCGCGGGGGAGGGUUAGUCGAGCGGAUCCCGGGCCAUGAUGGGCCUGUGACCUCUAUCCGAUAGGCUCAUGCACUUGCCUAUGCACCAAAGUGUGG